ACACUCUUCCAUUGUCUGCAUAUCCUUCCCCGAAAACAAAAACGAAAUGCAGCGAAACAAUUUCUCUCUUCCCCGAAAAAUGGCGAUGUCUGCAAAGUCAGUCACCCGUCUCCUCCUCUUAACAACUCUCCUCUCCCUCUUCGUGUCUCUUACCGCUUCCACUUCUGACCCAGAAGAGCUCGUUAACGAGCUCCUUUCUCUACAAUCCCAAUCCAAAACAGGCGUAAUUCACCUAGAUGAUCACACCCUUUCUCGCUUCUUAACCUCCACCAAAACUCCUCGCCCCUACUCCCUGCUCAUCUUCUUCGACGCCAAGCAGCUCCAUGACAAGCAUGAGCUCCACCUCCAAGAACUCCACGGAGAGUUCUCUCUCGUCGCCUCCUCCUUCAUCCUCAACAACCCUGACAAUUCCUCUACAUCCUAUGGUAAACUCUUCUUCUGCGACAUCGAAUUUAAGGAAUCCCAAUCGUCCUUCUCUCUCUUUGGCGUCAAUUCCCUCCCUCACAUACGCCUCGUUGGUCCCAAUGUGAGGAACCCUAAAGAAUCUGAGGCAAUGGAUCAAGGGGAUUUCUCUAGAAUGGCCGAAUCGAUGUCCGAUUUCGUUGCGUCCAGGACCAAGCUCUAUGUGGGACCUAUCCACCGUCCCCCAAUUCUUUCCAGGAACCAACUGGGUUUUCUAUUCGCUGUUUUACUAAUCUGGACACCUUUUAUGGUUAAGAAGGUUUUGACCGGCCAGACAUUGCUUCACGAUCCGAAAAUAUGGCUUGGUGGGGCGGUAUUUGUGUACUUCUUCAGUGUUUCCGGUGCAAUGCACAAUAUAAUUCGUAAGAUGCCCAUGUUUUUGGCCGAUCGAAACGACCCCAGCAAGCUGAUUUUCUUUUACCAGGGGUCUGGGAUGCAGCUGGGAGCAGAGGGUUUCGCCAUUGGGUUCUUGUACACCAUUGUGGGGCUAUUGUUAGCGUUUGUGACUCAUGUGCUUGUAAUGGUAAAGAAUGUGACAGUCCAGAGAUCGAUUAUGGUCGUUUCACUAGUGGUUUCAUUUUGGGCUGUGAAUAAGGUUAUCUACCUGGACAAUUGGAAGACUGGUUAUGGGGUUCAUACUUUCUGGCCGUCGAGCUGGAAGUGAGGAUGCAAUUCAUAUUUCGAGAAGUGAAAGGUUUUCAUUUUUCGUAACUGAAACAAUAGUGAUGUAGACUUUGAUGUUUUGCCUAGAAUAGAUGUCUACACUUGAACUUUAGCUUCAGGUUUUAUUGCUGCUUCACAAAUAAUUAAAUUUUUAUGCUAAAAGAUUUUGUCA